UGAUCAAUGUUUUAUUUAUGCACGGUAAUAACCUAAUUGACUUCUGUGUAUUUCACAUCUGUUAUCCAAACAACUUCUAUAACUACUCGAGGAAAUAAUAAAAAUGACUUCAAUGACAACGAUUGCAUAAUUACAAAAAUAUGAAGUUUUUUUUUCUCAUUCGUUAAUUUUAAAAUGAAUCUUGUAACUUACUAUCAAUUAUAGGUUUACAGUCAAAUAUCGAAUGUUCCAAAGUCAAAUAUAUCAAAUUUAGCUGUUAUAUGUUUUAAAUUACAACAGACUGUUGAAAUAUGGGGGUUUAUUGGUGCUUGGUUAAUAGAAUUAUUAAAACUAUAUGAUACAACAAUUUUGAAUCGAAUUGACAAGAUCAUAUGGAAUGAUUGGUAUAUACAUUUUGAAUCUGUAGAAAAAGAUCUUUAUAUUCAUGAUCAAGAAUGUAAACUACAUUUACAAAAACUAGAUUCUAUGUUAAAGAGUCUAGAUACAUACUUUAAACAUGACAGACUGAUGAAUACACAGAACUGUUUACAUGAUCUAUUAGACUUACUGUCAAAUUUAUUAGAAGUCAGCAAUGAGUGUCUAGAUUUAUUCAAUGGAGAGCGUGUAUUAAAUAUUGAAGAAAAACUUGUAACAAUUGACCAUAUCCAAAAUUACUGGUUUGAAAUGUUUUAUCAGUCGUCUCAUUGUGAUGAAUUAAUGCUUGAAGAUUCUACAAAUUAUGAAAAAGAAAUAACUAUACAAUUACAAAAAGAGUUUACAAAUAUGAUCGCUAGUCGUCGAAUUCAAUUACAUGGUGAGAAUGGAAUUGUACAACUUUUAACUAAAGUUAUUAGAAAUAUUGAAGAUUUAAUUCGAUUUAUUCAAUUCAAUACUGAAAACUAUGUAAAUAAUAAAAAUUCAAAAACCUAUUCACCUUUAGGAUUAAAUAAUCAAAGUAAAAUUACUACGGACGAAUUAGAAUUACACUGUAAAAAUCUUUGCCAACAAUAUGAUUAUUGGAUGGAAACUAUUAAUAAUAUACUUCAUUGUAAAUGGCAAAUAUAUGACAAUGAAUUACCAUCGAAACAAAUUAGUAGACCUCAUUCAAUCGAUGAAACAUGUACAGUUGCAUUUGAUGAAUGGAAUCAAAUUGAUGAUAAUAAAAGGGGAAGUUUAUUUAAAUGUCAACAAAAUCUAAUUAAAUGGUUGGAAUUAAUCAAGAACAGGGUGAAUAGUAUUAGUGAAAUGAGAAAUGAACAAAUACUAUUGGAACAAAUUAAUAUAAUACAACAAUUGAAUAAACAAAUUACAAAUAGCAAUACCAAUGAUGUUAAUGGUCAGCAAAAUUCACCUUUUGGAAAUAAUUCAAGUAUACAGAAUGAUCAAUUAAAUAAACAAAAUCCUAAAUUGAAAAAGAAUAGUUUCUAUGAAUUGACAAAAUCAUUGUUUAAAUUAGGUUCACGAGUGAUUAAACAUUUAGAUCAAAAAAAUAUCUGGAUUUCUUAUGAUCACAAAACAGUGUUAUCCAGACUGAAUUCUUUCAAAUUAUAUGCGGAGAGAUGGAUUGAAUACUUGAAUAAAAUAGAAAAUUUUAACGAUACACAAACAUUUAAAAAUGUGAAGGAUUAUUUAAAUGUUCAAUUAAAUGAAGAAGAAGUAUUUAGUGGCCCUAUAUCUAACUCCAGAUCAAAAGUCUAAGUGUUCGAAUCACAUCGGAUUCACCACUUUAUUGGGACCCUUCAUUUGGACGUCAAUCAGAUAGGACGAUGUUGUCGAUGGGCUUAUCACAUUAGUGACCUGUGAUCUGACUCCAAUUAAAUCGUAUGACUGAUUGCUCUCGAAAUAUAUAUAUAGUCAAUUCUCGUAUAUAAUCAUCGACGUAAUCCGCGUUAGAGAAUAAAGGAAUUAAAACAAGUUAAAUACGGGAAAGGAUUUAGAAUACGUAUAUUUUGUACAAUCAUUGAUUCAGGCAGACGAUCAAAGCAACGAAGCGAACAGAAAUGGUGAUCGGUGGAGAAGGAGAAUUGUCAUGGUUGUACUCUUAAGACUAGAAUUACCCAAGACCAAGUUCAGUUCAGCAGUCAAUAACUGAAUUCUAUCAAGCCUGUAGUUUAUAUAAUUUAUUUAACAUAUAUUUAUUGUCAUUACAAGUGACAUCUACUUAGGAUCAAACAGUUGGUCAAUCCGUAAACUCCACAACACAGUCAUCAUCUAUACUCAUUCUCAACAUUGUUUAAUGUUUUUAAUUUUCCAACUAAUCUAAUUCAUUUGCCAAGUAUACGUUUACUGU